AUGAGUAUUGAGGUUCAUGUACGCAUUCGACCAAACGCCCCCACUAGCGUGUGGUCCAGCGCAGAAACGGUGUUGUAUAGUACAAAUAACCCUGACGUGCGUUACGUGUACAACAAAGUACACCAUGGUGGCACAAGCAACCACACCAUCUUUCAAGGUCUGGAGGCUCUAGUACACGCCGGUUUUGGCGGCAAGAAUGUCACCGUCAUGGCCUAUGGUCAAACGGGCAGUGGGAAGACGCACAGUAUGAAUGGAACUGCCGCGGACCCAGGCAUUGUGCCACGAACUGCAUUGUUGCUUUUUGAGUUAAAGAAAAAUUCCCCUGGAACAGAAAUUUUUGUUUACUUCACGGAGAUAUAUAAUGAGUCCGUGAAGGACCUGUUAGACCCUCAACGGGGUGACCUUGCGCUUCAUGACGCGCCGGACGGAGGGGUUUACUUCGACAAAAAGUCUGUUUUAUUGGAUUCUCUGGAGGGUUUUACGAAACUGCAGGGCGCCGCGGAGCGCAACCGCAAGUACGGUGUAACGAACCUCAAUGACCACAGUAGUCGCUCGCACAUGAUUCUCACAUUUGAGAUUCACAGGUCGAGCCGGCAAGUGAGUACAAUCAACUUAGUGGAUCUUGCCGGCUCUGAAUCCGCAUCUCGUGCAAACACAGAAGGUAUGCUGCUGCGUGAAGGAGGCUUUAUCAACAAAAGCUUGCUAACGCUUGGUAAUGUGGUGGAUGCGAUCGUAGACAAGCGUACUUAUGUACCCUACCGUGAUGCCAAACUUACCCGUAUUUUACGGAACUGUCUGGGCGGGUCCGGUAUGACCUUCAUUCUAUGUUGCAUUAACCCAUCUACGGAAAAUUUUGAGCAAACGGUAUCUAGUCUGCGCUUUACGCAGCGAGCCAUGAAAAUCAAAAACGAUCCGGUUAUGGUACUCAACAUGCCACCGCUUUUCGCGCACGAAUACAGCAUAGGUGCGGAAGAGAUUGUCCGAGGGAUAGAUGAGUUAAGUGAUGCCUAUUAUCAACGUGGACUGCGUGAUGCUUAUUUGUACGUCGACAAAACUGUCUCGUCUAUCGUGGGUAGCUUUAAGGGACAGGUCUCUGAACCCAUACGGGCGAUGGCGGAUGCUCAGCGACUUCUUAUUGCGCACGAUCAUUCUGUGGCUAUUGAUCAAAUCGGUCCGCUUUACAGUCGACUAGAGGAGUUGACACAGCAGCAGCGACAGGACCGCGAUAUUGAGGAACGGGAGGGCAAGAGGCAACGUCAAAUUGAGGAUGAGAUUGAGUGCCGCCGCAACAAGGUUGCUCGUCUGGAGGCACGUGUGAAGGAGCGCGAUGCUGAAGGAGACACUGAAUUGGCGAAUUGGGAGUAUCAACUCUAUGAGGCGCGGCAAAGACGAGUAACCCAACUAGAACUGCUUUUGUCUUCAGAGAAAGCAGCGCGGUGCCAGUUACAGUAUAAACACGUCAUCUGCAUAGAGCGCAUAGCCGCUCGCUGGGUGCCCAUGAUCAAGUCUUUAGGACCCGCCACCCCUCCAGUUGCUGACAAGAAGGUGGCUCUCCAGCGGUUGCGUCAGCGCUUGGAGCAAGCGCGGGAGGAGCUGCAAGAUCUCACUGUAGCACAUGAUAUGAUCAAGGAUGAUCUGCCGAAUGUACAAGCGGCGGCAGAGGGUGCAGGAGGAGGUACUUUAACUCCUACCUCACUUUCCCCACGGCCACAAAUGAGUGAAGAUGCAAUUCCUAUAGGUGCUCACAUGUCGGAUGCACAGAUUGAGGAACGGAUUCACCAGUUGGAAAGGGAGGAGAAGCUGUUGAUGUCGCAAGCCAUUCACGUGGCUCGCUGUGAGAGCGCCCGCCGCGUUCGGGAGUCUUUAGCGAGCCCGCGAAGGGAGACUCCUCGCACCAGCCGUUCGGUUGUGCGGUUGCAUAGCGCAACGCCAUCCCGUCAGGAUAAGGAUGCCGGGGACAUGCGAGGGCAACUGUUGGAAGUACUUGACUCCUCCCCAUUAGACAUUGCGCAUCGUUCGAGGUGCCAUGGGAGUCAGGCCCACCAACGUAGUCCCACGCCACGUACUGCCCGUACGGUAUUUCCUACCGCCGACGAGGAGUUAUGCGAUGAUGUGAAUGUGCCGGUGGGUCCCAAACGUAGCGCCUCACCGCGCACCGAGAAUUUGGCCGACGGCAUGCGCCGGGCGUUGGGUGUGUUGCGCGAUGUGAGGAGCAAACUGUUGCGUCCCGCUUUGGGACGUAAUGUUCCGAGUGUUUCUCGUGGGAGUGCGAGGGCUGCUCUAAGGACGUCGUCCCCACUGCCUCAAUAUGUGCGGUCGGGUUCAUUAAGUGGGCGCCGCACGAAUUCUUCUCCUCCAAUCAAUAUUGAAGAAAAUAACGGUGAUGAUGAGGCCAUGCCUUUUUCGGAUGUGUGCAAGCAACGUAAUAACGCGAAGAUACAGGAACCGGUUAUUGGUAUUGCCGCACGCAGACGGUUGGAGGGUGCACCCACACGACCUAACGUCGAGCGUGCGUUGUGGCGGUUGUCACUUUCUCCUAGUAGUGAACGCGCCGGGAAGAGUGGGCGUAGCCGCUCCCGCCGUCGUUGA